GCGAGCGAUUAAACCACGGUGCGGAUCUAUAUCUAUUUCGCAGUGUCCUUUUGCAGUGUUUUGCGAGGAAAUCGGUACUAUUACGGUGCGAGUGCUUGGCGGAGUACGGUUGAUCUAGUAACCGGCGAUUAGUGAGCAUCAACAGUGUACGUUGACCAGCCCGCCAACGAUUUAUGCGCCAUUGAACGAGGCUGCUGCAGACGGCGCACGAGACUUCCGGAACGAUCCUAGACAGCAACAGCCCGUGGAUGCGCUUGUACGAGGACACCCAAGGACGGAAGCUAAGCACCGGCGAUUGGUACGACAACAUGAGCGACGAUGACCGGGACCUUGACAUAGAGAGCGACGACGGCGAUGAUUCGGAUAACACAAAAUCUCAGAACCGUUCCGGAGGGGGUGGUCAUUACAAUUCGCAGGCUGAGAAACGUGCCCACCACAACGCGCUGGAGCGGAAACGGCGCGAUCACAUCAAGGACAGCUUCACUUCACUCAGAGACUCUGUGCCGUCGCUGCAGGGCGAAAAGGCCAGCCGGGCACAGAUUCUGAAAAAAGCGGCCGAAUACAUUCAGUUCAUGCGACGGAAGAACAAUUCACACCAGCAAGACAUCGACGAUCUGCGGCGACAAAACACUCUGCUCGAAACUCAAAUACGUCAACUCGAGCAGGCGAGAGCAUCCGGUAACUUUGUGGACGGUUCCGAGCUGGGUAUGGGCAUGAACGAUAGUUCCCGCGAGUCAGACAGCUCCGACAUCGACGAGGCGGUGAACAACAACAACAACGGGCUCGGUGUGCGACGAAACAAGAAGAUGAAAACCAACUCUAGCUACUGAACGGACGAUGCGUUUGCUGCACAGCAAUUUAACUGUGGCCCAUCUUUUUUCUGUCAUUUAUCUUCUAUUUCUGCCGCCGUUUGUCCAUUAGAGUUAAAGUAAGCGUUUCUCGUACCGUUUACCAUUCACAGUUCCGGCAUUUUGCGUGGUCAGUUCCAUUGGUCGGAAUCGGCGUAUCAACUUUCGAACUCUUUUACGCUUUUAUCUGUUCGCCAGAUUGGCGGUAACGGCUUUUGUUUUUAAACCACAAUUUUGAACUAAAAUGGAACCACAUCAAUCUGUACAUUAGAUGAUUAUUUUCACGUACCAACAAAUAUAGGCGUACGCUAAUUAGGUGUAA